AUGAGCUCUCGACUUGUUUCAAGUGAUGCAGCCACCAGGGUCGAUGCUCCUUUUCGCGAAGCUGUUGGUGCGUUGAUGCACCUGACCACUGCAACGCGCCCGGAUAUUGCGUUCGCCAUGGGCUAUGUGUCGCGAUUCAUGAGGAACCCCCAAGAAGGAUACUGGGUUGCAGUCAAGCGCAUCUUCCGCUACCUACUAGGCACCAAGAUGCACGGAAUCUGCUACAAGCCAAAUGCGAAGAUCGGUUUUCGUUGCUACUCGGAUGCAGACUGGGCCGGUGACCUCGCUGAUCGCAAGUCGACGUCUGGUUACGUAUUCAUGCUGUUGGGUGCGCCAGUGAGUUGGGGCAGCAAGAAACAGCCAAGUGUUUCGUUGUCCACGAGUGAAGCCGAAUACAUCGCACUCAGCUUGGCGAUUCAAGAAGGCAAGUGGACUCAUCGUCUGCUUUGUGAGAUGAUGAUGGCUGCCGAUAAAGAAGGACCAGAACUCAUGAUCCAUGAAGACAAUCAGUCGUGUAUCAAGAUGACGAAGAACCCGGUCAACCACGGCCGUGCCAAGCACAUUGACAUAAAGUAUCAUCACAUCCGUGAUGAGGUCAAGCGCGGUGAAGUGAAGCUCAAGUACUGUGAAACUUCGGUGAUGUUAGCGGACAUCAUGACGAAGGGACUUCACGGGCCACACCACAAGGAGAUGACGGCGACUCUCGGGAUUUGUGCGUGUUCGCAUUGA